GAGGCAGCCUUGCAUGCAGGGAUUUCUCCUCUGCCUGAUUCUCUUUCUGCUUCAAGGUUCCCCGCCCCACGCUGGGAGCAGCGAUGCUUACACCAUCAACUGUUCGGGGUUCCACCUGAAUGGGGUGGACCCCGCCGCCUUCCAGCCAGUGUUUGACAGAAAGGCCUUCCGUCCAGUCAUCAACAGCAGCAUUCCCACCCUGGUCAACAUCUCCUUUACCCUCUCCGCCAUUUUGGAUGUGGUUUGGGACAAUCCCUUCAUCAGCUGGAAUCCAGAGGAGUGUGGAGGCUUAAAAAAGAUCAGCGUGGCAGCAAAGAACCUCUGGCUCCCAGACAUCUUCAUCAUAGAAUUCAUGGAUAUGGACCAGACCCCGCCCAGCCUCUCCGCAUACGUGUACAGCAGUGGCCGGAUCAAGUACGACAAGCCCAUGAAGGUGACCAGCAUCUGCAACCUGGACAUCUUCUACUUCCCCUUCGACCAACAGAACUGCACCCUCACCUUCAGCUCAUUCCUGUACACAGUGGACAGCCUGCUGCUGGGCAUGGAAAAGGAAGUGUGGGAGAUCACGGACAACUCACGCUCCGUCAUUCGCACUCAAGGGGAGUGGGAGCUCCUGGGCAUCAAUAAAGCCACCCCGAAGCUGAUAGUGGGCUCCAGUCUUUAUGACCAGAUCAUGUUCUAUGUGACCAUCCGGCGCCGACCCAGACUCUACAUCAUAAAUCUUCUGCUGCCCAGUGGCUUUCUGAUAGCGAUCGAUGCCCUGAGCUUCUUCCUGCCAGCUGAGGGUGGCAACCGGGCCCCUUUCAAGAUGACUCUGCUGCUGGGAUACACUGUCUUCCUGCUCAUGAUGAAUGAUUUAUUGCCACCCAGUGGCACCCCCCUCAUCAGUGUCUACUUUGCUCUGUGCCUGUCCCUGAUGGUGGUCAGCCUGCUGGAAUCCAUCUUCCUCACCUAUCUUCUGAAUCUGGUCACUACCCAGCCCCCACCCAUGCCCCGCUGGCUCCAUUCGCUGCUGCUGCGCUAUCUCAGAGCAACCGACUGCUGCAAGAAGAGGUCCCAGAAAGAAACCAGGGGCUCUGGCCCCAAUCUCGUCCACCUACCUGGGCUGAUGGAGCCGGUGGUUAUGUCUGCAUGGGUACCGGGCUCCAAUGAGACCAGCCUAAAUGGAGACCCAGGAUCCAAAAGGCCACCAUUGGAACCAUCAACAGUUAACCUGUGGAGGAAAUUCUGCCAUAUCCUGGACUCUCUGCUCUUCUGGCUUUACCUGCUGUUCAUGAGCUCCUCUCUCAUCACAAUCAUAGCUCUCUGGAACUCCUAGAAGCAGAACAACCACCCCCCAAUUUCUGCUUAUACUGGCUUUUGGUGAACAAUCAACCGCCAUCCAUUCCCCUGUCCCAAUGACCACUCCCGUCCAUGCCUCAGUUCACCCCCAGCUGAGUCCUCCCAACCAGCUUAAAACUCACUUCCCUUAUUCCCUUAAAGCCCACAUCCUUGUUGCUACCCUCCUAAAGCUUCCUCAGCCCCUUCUAUCCCUUUUUUUAUCCCUUGAGCAUCUAGCCCAUGGGAGCCAGCCAAUCCCUGAGCUGUCCUAAUAAAUCAUUUUG